CUCUCAAGGAAGGGAGGGAGCAGAGGAACUGGACAGGAGCAGCAAAGAACCAGACACAUUUGGGAGGGAACUGUAAAAUCAGGAGAAAGAACACUGCGCAAAUCGAUAAAGAGAGUUUAACUCUCAGGGAGUCCUGUGAAAGACGCCCCCCAGGGAUUGGAUUGGGCAUCUGCACACAGAAUACUCCUCUGGCCUCCUCACCUAUGAGGUCUACAACAACAUGUCCUCGGACAGUGGAUCCUCGUUGUCCGCAGCAGAGGAUCAGCUCGACAUAGUCCAGCGGUACCAUGUUCUACAAGCUGAGCAAGAAGGUACCCAGAAGAGAACUUUUUCCAACUGGAUUAACUCACAGCUAUCAAAGCACCCACAGCCGUCUGUUGUAAAAGACCUCUUUGUUGAUAUUCAAAAUGGACACGUUCUCCUGGACUUACUCGAAGUUCUCUCUGGUGAAAACUUGUCACGGGAGAAAGGGAAAAACAUCUUCCAGGCGAGAAGUAACAUAGAAUCGGCCCUGAACUUUUUAGGAAGCCGAUCUAUCAAGCUCAUAAAUAUUCAUGUAGAAGAUAUCAUUAGUGGGAAACCGUCUAUUGUGCUUGGUCUCAUUUGGACAAUUAUUUUACAUUUUCAGAUUGAAGGCCUGGCGAGCAUUUUGGCAGAUACAGAUGACCAGCAACCAGUGAAAUGUGAGACGAAAAAUGGAGUUUCCCCAACUGCAAGCCCUUCGCCUAAACGAAGUGCCAAAUCUAAAUGGCAGACUACUGCAAGGAGAGCUCUUCUUCAGUGGGCACGAGAACGAUGUGCUCAAUUGGAAUCUAUUGAUAUAACAGAUUUUAAGUCCAGUUGGAGAAAUGGCAUGGCUUUCUUGGCAAUUAUUCAGUCGUUGAGACCGGACCUCAUUGACAUGGACAAGUUACAGGGAAUGUCCAAUGAUGACAAACUGAAUGAGGCCUUCAGAAUAGCAGAAACGGAGUUAAAAAUCCCAAAACUCAUUGAACCAGAAGACCUUAAUGUUUCAGAUCCUGAUGAAAAAUCAAUUAUGACAUACGUGGCACAGUUUUUACAGUAUUCCAAAAAUAUGGAGGUGCCUACAAAAGAUAUUUCGGCUCGAGUACAUAAAGCCAUGGAGUGGCUGAAUGAGCAGGAGCAGACAUUGAAGACAUUAUUUUCCGAAAUGAAAGAUGAGACCUAUACAAAAAAGUACCAGGAAAUCCUUUUAUUUAUGAGAAAAUUCAAUGAGCAGAAACGAAUCUUCAUGUCUGGGUUAGCGGUGGAGUCUCUUCAGGCUGGGGAGCAACUACUUGUUAAGCAGUCACUAGAAAAUAUCACAUUCCAGAUUGCAGAAUGGAAGAAGCAGUUGGAUAGGAGUUUGCCUCCACCCUUGGAUAGUAUUGAGAUGUGGCUGACAGAGGUCGAAAAUCUGAUGUCACAAGAUUUGCCUGAAUCAGGCUCUCAUCGUAAUACAAUGUCUCUACUCCAAGCUUUAUCGAAAGCCUUCAAGGCUUUGAUGGUUGAUGCAAAAAAUUACAUGGAAAGUCUCAGAUCAUUUAGGAAUGUAGAUGAUAAUGGUGUUGUAAUUGUGCCAACUGAUAAGACUGAAGAGAUGAGGACAAGGUUGGAGAAGAUAUUGGCUGCAAACUUCAGUGUUCUUGUGGAUUACCGCUGUGCUGGGUAUAAUGUUCUUGCUCUUCUGGAGGAAGGGAGUCCAAAGCUUAAGUCAUGGAAAGUAAAGUACAAAUCUCAAGAGUCUGUAGAGGCCCUACUCGCAGAUUAUAAGGAAUUUGUUGAGGGAAAACAGUUCUUGGUCCUUCUGGACACUGCGUUUGAGAAAUUCAGAGAACUUCAUAACCUGUUACUGACCACAGAUGACUAUUCGGGUGACCCUGAAAUCUCAAAGCAAUGUGAAGCCAUAGAAUUAAAGCAUAGAACCUUUGUGUCAUCGGCCCACGAUGCAGAAUCUACUAUGGAACACGUUCUAACCAGCUGGACUCGUUUUGAGAAUAAUAUGAACCUGAUCACCGCUUGGCUGGAUGAACAGCAGAGGAUUGCGCCAUCCAAUGUUCCCAUGGAGAUUCUGUCCAAAUGGAAAUCUGUGCACAAAUCUUUAAACCGUGACGGCAGCUUCCUGAAUGAGAAGACGUAUGAGAAAACGGCGUCUAAGAUAACUCACCAGCUGAAGGCGCUGAACAAUCGAUGGACCACAUAUGUGAAGCAAUAUGAGGAACAGAAAGAGGUCAAUGGCGGCAGCAUAACCAAAGAGGAUUUUGGUGUUGACUCUACCAAAGGAGCUUCCAAGAUAUUAGAUAUUUCUGCUCACUCAUUCAUUCUGUAUAUUCAGAGUUUACAGGACAGUGGAGUAGAUCCCACAACAGUGGAUGUGUACUCAGAAAUCCUCCGCCACCUUGAAGUAGUGGAGACAGUCGUUGAGAGUGUGGACAACUGGUCUGUGAAGGCUGAACAGCUUCUUCGUGAACUUGAUCAGAAGAAGAACACACAGGAGCUUUCUAGUGUAGACAUUCAGGAUUUCUAUGACAAUGGCGUUUCUUGCCAGGAGCAGCUAGAGAAGGCAGAGGUGAACGUUCAGGCACUUACACAACUCCUCCACAGUCAGAAGGAUUUACAGCACUUUGACUUUGACAGAUGGAGGCACAGCGUUGUCAGAGCACAUGAGAGAGUUCAGGAUCUAGUCUCUAGAGUGGGUUUGGUUCUUCGACCCCCAGAACAAUGCUUAUCUGAAGAGGACGUAAAGAGGAACUUCGAGAGUUCAAAGAGCAACCUGGAGACCUAUAUAACAAAAGCAAUGAGUCUGCUGGGACAGAAUGUAACCCCGGAAGAGUUCAUCUCGCAGUAUGAGACUUCCCUCAGCAAAUUUGGGCAUCAAGACUUGGAACAUUUUCUGAAAGCCACUGAGCACAUGAAGAAUAUUUCAUCCUCUACCAAAGAGAAGUCGCUGGUGGAAGAAGUGAGCGCUGAUGUCAGAAAUAGAUGGAAGAUCGUCCAUGAUGACUUGGAGGCUUAUGUCAGGGAGUUAAAAAUGCACAUAGAGAAGAAGAAAUUUGAUGAGCUGCUUUGCAAACUGGACAAACAAAUUUUAAAGGAGAAGAAUAAUAUUGGUGUUGUGGAUAUGGAGGAGCUGAUCAGAGAACACGAGGUGGUCUUCUCUGAUCUUGGCUAUUAUGGAGAACUCAAUCAGUGCCUACAGACAAUGCAGACUCUGGGUGACACACUCAGGACAAGCGCUGCUCCUACAACAUUCACCGCAUCUAUUACCGAAUGCACAAAAAAGAAGGAGGGGCUUCAUAAAAAUGCUGUUGAUAUUUACCUUAAUCUACAAUCCAUUAUGGGAAAAAAGAAAAUUGACAAGAGAGGUGUUGUAUCAGGCAACAAAGGAAAGAAGUCGCAUCUCAAAAAAUCCAAUGGAACUCAGGAGGUAUGUCAGACGGACUGUGUGCCGCAAGAAACAAACAUGGCCGAAGGUAUUGAGUCAAGUGUCUCAACCCUGGAGACGAUGCUACAGAGAUAUAAUGCACAGAAAAGUGAUCUAGAAUUGUUAAUAUCCAAUUUAAGAGACAGACUGGUGGCUGAAAGUCCAGGGGAAGUCCAGGAUGUGAAGGAGCUUCAGUGUAAACUUCAUGAACUGCAGAUUUUACUGGAUCAAGCAAACCAGAGCUGGACGGAGUUUGAAGCCACAUCACAAAAAGUAGAGAUGCUUCUGCACGCGACUGAGAAGAAGGAUGUAUCUGAGAAAAGAAAUGCCCUGCAGAUUUCCUUGAGAACAGUUACUGAGGAAAUUCAAAGCAGAAUACAGGCUCUGAGCAUUACAAUAAAUGUCCUCUUGCCCAUUGAGGAGGAAGUGUCUCUUUUAUGUGAAUCAAGUAGACCGACUCCAGUCCAUGAGGUAGAAGAGUUUACAAUUUCCAGCAUUGGUUCCAUAUAUCAGGAUCUGCAGGAUAUGCAGCGUACAGUCAAGGAUCAGAUUGAACAAUGUCAUAUAUUGGAAUCAGCUCCUGAGGUUGUUGACCCAUCAAGCCCUGUAGAUGUGCAGGCAGUUCAGUCUGUUACGCAUCAGUACAAAAUUCAAUUACGAGCAACAAAUGAAAUAAUGCAAGAAAGAGAAGCUCUUCUUAAAGAACUAGAGAUAUUUUUAUCUUCUGUCACUGCAACUAAACUAGCGAUCCAGGCUGAAGCUACUAUGCUCCGAAAUGACAGAACUUCUCUACUGCAAAAGCAGAACAACCUGGAGAAACUACAACAGAAAGUAUACAGAUUGAGAAGAGAUGCUGAACAGCUGGAUAGACGUUUACAACCAGCACAUAUCUUCCUGGAGGACCCAGAAUGUGGAGGACCCACUUCAUGCCAGAAAAUGCUUGAUGGAUUCCUUGAAAAGAUCGAAAUUGUAGUACAAUCUACUUUGCUGGAGUUGAGAAACUUGGAAAGCAGACCAGUUUCUGGAAGACAAACAUUAAAUGGAACACUAAAUAAUUCCUUGCCAACUGAGUAUAUGGUUUCUGGAUUAACCCAAGAACCUGGGAUGGAGCAGUUCACAGUAUCAAAGAUAGACGCAAUAUUGCAAGAGAUGAAGGAAGUCCAGAACACAUGUGAACUUGAGAUCCAACAACUGGACCGUCUAGACAACACAUCCACAGAUCCCAUCUCCAAAUAUAAGACAGUGCUUCAAGCCACAAAUGAAGCAAUGAAAGAACGAGAGACAACUCUGAAAUCCCUGGGAGUAUUUCUGUCAUCUCUUAAAGCAACAAAAUUAUCUAUUGAGGCUGGAUUCCCGGUGCUGGGUAUGGACAGGACCACCCUGCAGGAAAAGCAGCUGAACCUUGAGUCUUUAGAAAAGGACAUCUAUCUUUUGGGUCAAGAAGCUGAGAAGCUGGAUGACUGUUUGCAAGCUAAUGGAAUUCUUCUAGAAGAUCCAGAAAAUGGAGGGGAAACCUCAUGCAAGAAAAUGAUAAGUGGAUUCUUUGAGAAGUUAGAAAGGGCACAGCAAGCUGUCCAGAGAGAGAUUCAGAACCUUCAAGAGACAGAGGCCAUUGAGCAAUUGAACAAACGUGUGAAGAACUUUUGUAAAAAUAUUGAAGAUAUUCAGAAUCAAAUCGAUCAAGUUGGCUUAAAAGAUCCAACUAUUCAUGCUGUGCAACAGAGAAUGAAGUCUUUGAUAGCAUUGGAGAAAAAGAUAGAGACAUUUGACCAAGAAAAUAAAUCCAUAACUGAUGCCUUUCAAAGGGUUCUUCAAAUUUCCCAAAGACGAGAUUUAACUGGGUGUGAAGAGUGUGAGGAAUUGUGGGAGGACACAAAGCAGUACCUUGCACACAGCAAAGAGCAAUGUGAAGUGAUAAUCGAACUCCUUCGCAAAUUCCAACAUUACAGGACAACACUGACAUCUUUGAUUCAAAAAGCAGAGGCUACAAUUUCUCAUCAGUCAUCCUACAUUGGAAAAGAGAAUCUGCAGAAAAUGAUGAUAAAGGUUCAAGAAAUAAAACAGGAGAUUGAGGAUCAGUCUGAAAAUGCUGAAGAGAUAAACACCAUCUGCAAAAAGCUGCAUUUUCAGAUCAGUAAGAUAAAAAGAUUUGAAGAUGCGCCAUUCCAAGUGGAAGCCAACACGCUCAUCGACAAGUGGUUAGAUGUCUGUGAAAAACUGGACAACUAUAAUGAGGACAUAAAAAGUGCCGUCUGCUUGUGGAACAGAGUCCUUCACCUUUCACAAGAAGUGGAGCCUUGGACUGAAGGAAAAAUCAAGUUCUUGGAAAGUGUGAACCUCACAAGUGAGGAACUGCGGUCACUACAGACUGAGCUUCAGAAUCAAGAGAAACUUUUGGAGGAAAUCUGUACGAAAUCUGCCCAAAUACAAAAACUUUUACAAAGUGAUGAAUUCCCUUUUGAACUACAGAUCCUAAAGACCUCUCUGGUGAAUAAAAUCACUGUAAUAUCUACCAUUGUGUCAGAAAAGUCUGAUAAUGAGGAUAAAAAACUGGUGGCUGCAGCUUCUGACUCACAGGAUAGUCGUUCAGUGGCUAAAGAAUUACCUCAGAUUACAGGAAAUGAGCACAUUAAUGGAGAGCUUCAAGUUCAGACAAAUAAGGAGACCUUUGGUAUGGAGGUAGAGCCUGAAGCCCCAGCAGAAGACAUACAGCAAAGUCCCACCUCAACUUCGAUGGUAGAAGCCAAUAGGGCUGAAAUUCAGGAAGAUUCACAAGAGGAACCACAAAGAGAUGAAAGGAGCGAAGCACUGAGGCUUAGACUGGCAGAGCUACAGAAGAAACGGGCAAAGCUAAGCCCGGACCUUCAGCCUCGAGUACAGGACAAUCUAAAGCUGCUGGGCGGCUUCAAGGAGCUUCUCAAGGAAAGUCAGGACAUGAUGAGUGAAUUGGAAGACUCAAAGCAGUUAUCUCCUGCCUCUCCUAGUAUUGGGCAUCAUGGUCAAUGCCUGGAAAUCAAACUGCUCCUGGAAACAUUCUUAUUGGAAAUACAGGAGACAAUGCAGAUACUGGAAAGGCGCCUUGAAGGACAGCGACAAUAUGAAAGUCUCUCUGAUGCCCUGAAUGACAAAAUGACAAGUUUUUAUGAAGAGCUUCUUAAUUUUAGCCGCUCAUCACGGGAAAACGCACCAUGCGAGCUGAAGAGACAGAAAUUACAGGCAUUGCGUGAUCAAUAUGAAGGUUUGUGGAAAGAUCUAGAUCAGGUGUCUCAACUAGCAGAAAAUGUAAAGCAGACUUCAUCAUCAAAGGGAAUCACAAGGGUCCAGGAGGCAAUGGACAUGCAUCACAGCAAAAUGAGAGGAUUUGUAGAAAGAAUAGAUCAUCUGAAACAAGUGAUAGAGCAGCCUCCCAUACCUGAGAAACCGAAGGGGAAAAAAACUAAGAAAACAUCCAAGAAGAAGUCAGCACGACGGUCAACAGAGGAAACAUCACUGGAAGCUACUAUGAAAGGAGAAGAGCAGGCUGGAGACGUGUCUGUAGUACUACCUACUGAGCAAACUACACUCCAUCCUGUGGCGGAUGCUUCAGUGCAGGAUACAACAGGACCUUUAGUGCAACACACAGUGGAUUUAGUCGCUUUGAAAUCUUCAGUGAAGAAUACAAUGCAACCAACAAGACAUUUAAAACAGUCCUCUGUAGAACAAACAUUGCCGUCUACACUGGAAAAUACAACACUGUUUUCAUUGGAAAAUUCUGCACAACCAAUUAUGGAACCUUUAAAUCAUCCUGCAGCUGAAACCCAAGAGAUAUUAGUUAUGGGAUUGUCUAUGCAAUCUGUAUGUGUGCCUUCAGAACAAACUGCUCUAAAACCAUCAGUGCUGGCUACAGGAAAAUUAUCAGUCCAAGCUUUAGAAGAACCAUCAAUGCAUGCUAGAGGAGAAAUAUCAGGGCCGUCUACUGUAGAACAAUCAUUGCAGUUGACAGGGGAACCAUUGGUGCAGCAUGCAGAAGAAUUAUCAGGACAAGCUAUAAAUGAACCAUCAGCAACAUUUACAGUAGAACAAUCAGUGGAGCCAACAGUAGAACCACUAGAACAGCUGAAAAUAGAACCAGCUGAUCAUCUGACAGGAAAACCACUAGUGCCGCUUACAGUAGAACCAGCAGGACAGCCUACAAUAGUGCAGUUUACAGUAGAAAAGUCAGUGCAGCCAACAAUAGAACCACCCAAGCAGACGACAGUGGAACCAAUUGAGUUGCUUACAGUAGAACCACCCAAGCAGCUGACAGUAGAACCACUAGAACAACUGACAACACAACCACCUGAGCAGCUGACAGUGGAGCCAUCCAAGCAGCCAACAUCAGUGCAGCCUAUAGUAGAACCAUUAUUGAAGCCUACCAUUAAACCAAUGGUGCAGCCUAUAGUAGAACCAUCAGAGCAGCCUACCAUAGAACUAUCAGUGCAUCCUGUAAUAGAACCAUCAGUGCAAUCUACAGUAGAAGAUUUGGUACAGCCUACAGUAGAACCGCAGGUACAGCCUACAGGCAAACCAUCAGUGCAUUUCACAGUAGAAGAAUUGAUACAGCCUUCAGUAGAACCACUGAUACAGCCUUCAGUAGAACCAUGGCCACAGCCUACAAUAGAUCAAUCAGUGCAGUCUACACUAGAUCUACAAGUACAAUCUACAAUCGAACCAUCAUUGCAGUCUACAGUAGAACAAUCAGUGAAGUCUACAGUAGAAGUAGAAGCUUUAGAACAGCCUACAGCAGAAUUACUGGUACAUCCUAUCAUAGACUCAUCAUCACAGCCUACAGCUGAACUGAACAGCCUACAGCAACCUACUGUAGUACCAUCAGUGCAGCCUACAGCAGAACUAACAGUGCAACCUACAGUGAAACCACUGAUCCAGCCUUCAGCAGAAUCACUUGUGCAGCCUAUAGUAGAACCACUAAUACAGCCCACUGUAGAACCAUCAGUGCAGCUUAGAGUGGAUCUAUUGGUGCAGCCCAUAGGAGAACCAGCAGUGCAGCCUACAGUAGAACCAGCAGUGCAGCCUACAGUAGAACCAGCAUUGCAGCCUGCAGUAGAACCAGCAGUGCAGCCUACAGUAGAACCAGCAGUGCAGCCUACAGUAGAACCAGCAGUGCAGCCUGCUGUAGAACCAGCAGUGCAGCCUGCAGUAGAACCAGCAGUGCAGCCUGCAGUAGAACCAGCAGUGCAGCCUGCAGUAGAACCAGCAGUGCAGCCUACAGUAGAACCAGCAGUGCAGCCUGCAGUAGAACUAGCAGUGCAGCCUUCAGUAGAACCUUCAGAAGAGCCAGCAGUGCAGCCUACAAUAGAGCCAGCAGUGCAACCUGCAGUAGAACCAGCAGUGCAGCCUGCAGUAGAGCCAGCAGUGCAGCCUGCAGUAGAGCCAGCAGUGCAGCCUUCAGUAGAGCCAGCAGUGCAGCCUUCAGUAGAGCCAGCAGUGCAGCCUUCAGUAGAGCCAGCAGUGCAGCCUUCAGUAGAACCAGCAGUGCAGCCUGCAGUAGAGCCAGAAGUGCAGCCGGCAGUAGAACCAGCAAUGCAGCAUGGAGUAGAACUAGCAGUGCAGCCUUCAGUAGAACUUUCAGUAGAACCAGCAGUGCAGCCUACAGUAGAGCCAGCAGUACAGCCUACAGUAGAACAAGCAGUGCAGCCUUCAGUAGAACUAGCAGUGCAGCCUUCAGUAGAACUAGCAGUGGAGCCUUCAGUAGAACCAGCAGUGCAGCCUUCAGUAGAACCAGCAGUGCCACCUUCAGUAGAACCACUGGUACAGCCUUCAGUAGAACUAGCAGUUCAGCCUUCAGUAGAACCAGCAGUGCAGCCUUUAGUAGAACCAGCAGUGCAGCCUUCAGUAGAACCAGCAGUGCAGCCUUCAGUAGAACCAGCAGUGCAGCCUUCAGUAGAACCAGCAGUGCAGCCUUCAGUAGAACCACUGGUACAGCCUACAGUAGAACCAGCAGUGCAGCCUACAGUAGAACCAGCAGUGCAGCCUACAGUAGAACCAGCAGUGCAGCCUACAGUAGAACCACUGGUACAACCUACAGUAGAACCAUCAGUACAAUCUCCACUUGAACCACCAGUGCAGUCUAGAGUAGAACCACUAGUGCAGCCUACUAUAGAACAGCCUCCUAAUGUGAUGUCUUCAGAAGAGUUUACAGUAGAAGCCUUAAAUCAAUAUGCGGUAGUAUCUUCCUCAUACCCAGAGCUGGCACCUUUAGUCCCAUCUGUAAUAGAGGAAAAUGCUAUGGGAAUUUCUAUGCAUCCUGUAAAACCAACAGACAAACCAUUUGUGCAACAUAUAGAAUCCCUAAUUCAAUCUAUAGAAAAUCAAAUUGAGCAAAAUGUAGAACAAAUUUCAUUAGUAGCUUCCACAGCACUUCCUACAGUAGAAGGUUUAUUUCAAUCUGAAGAACAAUCUGUGAUGCAUCCUCCUGUGCAACCUACAAAUGAGCAUUUAGUGCAACCUUCACAGAAUUCUGUUGUAGAACCUCCAGCUCAGGUUUCGCUGAAAACUUUAUUGCCACUUACAGAAAAACCUAUUUUCCCAAACACUAUGGACCUUGGUGUGCUGCCUACAGUGGAUCAUACCUCGCAGGAUUCCCUGGUGGAUUCAAUAGAAGAAGCAGCUAGAAAUGCAGCAAAAGAAUCAGUACAGUUCGCUAAAUAUUCAGUUCAAGACCCUUCAGUACAACCUGCACUGGAAGCUGUAGGACGACUUACAGUGGAUAUUCAUCCGACUCCAGUACAACCUACAGAUCAACUUACACUGCAGCCUACAGAUAAACCCAUAGAUCAAUCUGCUCUGAAUGCAAAGGAAAAGAAAUCUUCAAAAAGCAAGAAGAAGAAAAAGUUGGCAGGAAAACAAUCAGUGGAAAGCAAAGAGGUAAAACAGCCCGUAAUAUCAAAGCAAAAGAGAGACACAAAGCGCAAAAGUGCUGAGUGUGUUGACGGUAAAAGUAUUCACCAGGAGCAUUUUGUAGACGUGACAGUCAGCUCGAGAGAAGCCGCUGAGGUAAAAGCAUUAGAGGAAGCGAAGGCAGGACAGCAAGAAGCCAGUGGUCAACAGCAGACACUAUUACAGGACCGUAAUUCCUACACGCGACAACUGGAGACCUCUGUAAACGAUUUGCCAGUCAGCGACAAUGACUCCCAUUACACCUCAGGUCUGAUAACCACAGUGGAGGAAAGACUAAGAGGAGCUCAAGCACUUCCAGAUGGCGGGGAAAAGACUGAGGUUCAGGAUAGUGAAUUGGUCAGUGAUCAGCAAACCUUAGCUUCGGAUAUUCCACUAUCACAGCCUGAUGAAUUACAGACAGAAUGUGAAAUAUUAUUAAAGGAGUUUCAGCCUCAUAUUACAGCUUACCAGCAGGAGGCGCUAGAGAUUUUCUCAAAUAUUUCAUUUAUUUCGGGAGAGGAGCUCAUGCGAGAAAAAUCCUUGGAGAAGCUUGCCUGCAAAUUUAAGCAGCUUGGUUAUGCUACAGAAGAUGCGAAGAAUAAGAGCCCAAAGGAGUUUUACUUGAAAGACCUGAAGAGGAAAGUCAAAAAGCUUUCAAAUGAACCUACCAAAUUCAGUUUGAUGGAAUUGGAACAAGAGAUUAAAGAAAUAGAGAACCUUUGUAAUGACUUCUCAAAACUACAAAAUAAGGAUGUCCGAAGUUCUGAGAUCUUACCACCAGACCACAAAGGUCUCCUGAAGAAGCUAAAAGUGUUAAAAACUGAAAAGCAAGAACUGCAUCAAGAAUUUAUGAACUUCCAGAAUGCCCUAAGUGCAGCCAGACUGUCAGUCCAAAUGUUGACUAAAGAGAAAGAAAAUCUCAAAAUUUCACCUACUGAAAGUCAUCAAAGUCAUCUGGAUAAAUUGAAGCAUUUCCUUGAUAAGCUAGUGCACGAAAAAGAAACUUUAAGCAUUUUAAAAGCUCAGCAGUCAAACAUUACGAGGUUCAGGAACUUAUCAAAAGUCAAGGAGGAAAUAGAUAUAGAUAUCAGACAACUUGAAGCAUUUUGGGAACAAAUAGAACUCAGCAUACAUAGAGAGCAUGAUCGAGUCUUAAAAGAAGCUGAGGAACUUCAAUUUCUUCAACAGAAAGUUGACCACCUGCAAAUUAUCAUUCAAAUCCAGCAAGAAUUGCUUGAUCAACCAACACCUUCUCCGGAAGACAUAGUGAAAACAUCUUUACUUCUCUCUGCUGAUGUAAUUUCUAUCAAACAUUUGUUCUCCUAUUUAAAGAAUGCGUGUGACUUGCAGAGCAAAAGAUCUUGGGGGGCCAAUGAACGCCAGACUCUGGAACUCUCACUGGAUAACCUGCAAAGUUCUUUGGAAAGUUUUGAGGAACGAGUGAAGGACCGACAGGUGACUCGGUGUCAGACACCAGAUGCCUUGAUAAAUCAAUACCUGUUUCUGAAGCCUUUACUUGACUCACACAUAUGGAUCAAAAAAUUACAAAAUAAUAUUGCGCUCGAUCAGGCUAUUGCCCUUCUACCAAGUGACGUAGAGCAGCAGAUCACAAGUACUAAAAAAGUGCACAAAGAAAUUUUAGACAGACAGUCUACUGUCAACUCUGUUAUUGAGGAGUCAAAACACAUAUCACAAGGGAUCGAUCCAGCAGCAUUCAGAGAUAUUUGCUCUUUUUUCCAACAAUUGCAGGAAUUAUAUGAGGAACAGAUCAUACAAUCAGUUGACCGAUUACAGAAGCUCGAAUCUGGGCUGGAGAAGAGGAAAGCACUUUUUUCAGAAAUUGAAAAGCUGAAAGAAUUACUGCACUGUCUAGAAAAAGAAGCAACUCCAGUCAAAAGAGGUGUAUUUACUGCGGCUGAGUUAUGUGAACAGCUAAAUUGUCUAAAGGCCAAGACUACAGAGUUGGAAGAAAUUGAAGGUCUAGUCUUGACACUUCUCAGGAACAGCCAAAGCUAUCAUAGGGAACUUAAAAUUUCCGAGCAGUUAUAUUUAAAUGACAUAUUAAGAAGUCUUAAGUCCAAAGCGAGAAGAAUUCGGAGAUUAGAGGAAAAGAUGUUUUUGCGCACUGAAAAAUUGCUAAGAAUUUGUAACGAGUUUCAAGAAAGAACAACUUCUCUUAGUCGGGAAUUGAGCUCACUGCAGCCUAUUGAAUCUGAGAUGCAUGAUGGGGCUGAAAAGCAAGACGGGGAAUGCUUUGAAAAGAAAUUUCAAGUUUCCCAAAAUGCCAUCUCAUCAUCUCAAGUUCACUUGUCCGAGAUAUUGAGGUAUAAGGACUUGUUUGAAGAUAGCGGGCUUUACUGGGAUGAUUUAACUGUUGAUAAUUUACAGAACAAAUAUUUCCCAGUGGAUAGAAGUGGUCACUUUGGUCAUUAUGAACCAGUAAAAGAACGCUAUCAAGAACUUGUAGAAGAAGCCAAAGUAUUAUGUUAUUCAGUACAAAGACAAGCUUUAGCCGUCGGAACUCACUUUGACAUUAUAGAGGCUCAAGUUUUAUGUAAAAAAGUUAAAAAAAUAAGCAUAUUAGCCACUGAAGCACUAAGCUUGUUGCUUGGGAAACAUGACAGCCAAGAUGCUCUCCAUUAUGAAGAAACUACAAUAGGAGCCCUAGCAGAAAAUAUGGAUCGAUUACACCAAUCUCUCAGUCAUUUGAUAACUGGUUUUCACACAAUGGAAAAAAGUAUUCAGUAUCGACUGGAACAAACUUUGUGCAAUUUAAGGAAAAUUCACCAAGGUCUUCAGCAGCCAUGUGUUGUUAACUUGGAUGGCUAUGAGAUCCAAGAGCAACUUCUAAGUCUUGAAGCUCUAGAUGAAAUAUGUAAAUGUGAAUUAAAUACUGCAAGAGCCAUUUCUGUCCAGGCAUCUACAGAGGAGCACCUUAGACAGCUGAAUGAAAUAGAAGAUAUUGGAAAACAAAACGAGAACACCAUCAUCCAGUAUAUUGACACAGUUAAGAAACAUUUCAAUAGUCUUCAAGCUCUUCAUCAAACCAUUGCCAAACUAGCAGAACUUUUCAGACAGUAUGAAGAAAAAUUUAAAGAAAAGCCAAUAGAUGUUAGUAAUCAGGAGGACCAUGUAGAUCUUCUGAAUACCCAGCAAGAAGAAAUAAAUAUCAAUAUAGCAGAAAUCCAGAAUCUCAUUAAACAGCUAAAAUACAGUUGUAAUCCACAUGAUCAAGAGCAACUAGAUGGACUGGUGAAUCAGAUCACUGGCACGAACAUGUUAUUGAUGGAGAUGUCCGAAAGAAAUCAAUCUGCAUUAGCCAGUUACCGUGAAAAGUACCUACUGUUCAGAUGUAAUAAGCAGAAAAUGUGCAAGGAUCUCGAGGAGCUGGAAACCAUUGUCAGAGAUUCCUUUUUUCAAAAGCCAGCAUCUUACAGAGCUGCUCUGGCCCAAUGGGAGAAAGCCAAGAGUAUGGUGACAAAAGUAAACUCGUAUGAAGAGGAAUUGCUGAAGCUCAGACAGGCGACAAGAGACCUAAGCGAUGUGAGCGGUGAUGACGUCUUGGUGUUUGAUAAAGUGUUGGCUUCACUAUGGGACAGAUGGCUGUAUCUCCUCGGUGUCUGCAGAGACUGGGAACUCUACUGCGAUGAAUUAAAACAAGAAUGGAAACUAAUCAGCGAACUGAUGGAACGAGAGGUUAUACUUCUGGAUAACUGCCAAGAAGAAAUACCAGAUAAACCUGAGCUGAAACAGAAAAGUGCACAACUUCUCAACUCGGUCGCUGAAAUAAGCCGCUUUGAGGAGACAGUGAAAAUGCAGCAGCUGCAGCUGUCACUCAUGCUCCAUCGACUCCAGAAUAUUUUGGGAAAACCAGAGGUCAACGCUGAGACAGAGAUUUCUACAGUGAUCAAGGAAAUCAAUGCAAUGGAAGACAAAUGUAACAUGCUACUACAAAACUCUCACAAAAAUAUGCAAGAGAUUCACACAGAGCUUGAGGAUAGAGAAGCUUUAAAAGGCGAUAUCUCUGCUGUGAAACAAUCCCUUCAGCAAGUGUCUUCUAAACUGGAGAACCUGGACUCAGCAGAACCGGAAAUCACCAAUGUAUCAUUGCAGGAGAUUCAGAGUGAGAUUGAGUCACAAAAGGAAGCAGUUCAACUUGUCAUGGAAAAAGUCAGCGCCCGAUAUGCAGAACACGUUCCGGCUGAACUUCUUUCUCAGGCUAAGGAAUGUCAGGAGUAUAUGCAAGAGAUGGACCUGGAGGUUAAAAAUAAAGUUCUGCAGAACUCUCCAGAGAACGUAAUGAAGAGAAAGGUAGAUGAGAUCAAAUCUGGUCUGCAAAGUAUCGAAGUUCACUUAACAGAAAAAAGCCAAAAUAUUCAGCAAGCCAAAGAACUUCAGAAUAAAAUCUGGGAUGAAGUGGAUUCAUGGCUGUCUAGACUGCAUGCCUUGGAGGCUGAGGUUCAGGAGAUGGCUGAGGAAGACCCCGUUCAGGCCCAUGAGUGGAUGGAUAAACUAACAGAGCCAUUAAGUCACUACCAGCAAGUUACACACCUUGUGGAACGCAGGACUGCAAAUCUAAACAAGGCUGCUAGUAAACUGGAGGAAUAUGAGGACACCCUGAAGAGCAUACAGACCUGGAUACAAAACACUGAUACCCUGUUAAAUGAAGAGAUGAAGGAUUGCUCUGCUAAAGUCCUGAAUAAGCAUGCUGUUGCAUUAGAGAUUGCACUGGAUGAUUCAGAACAGAAGCAAUAUCUCCUUGACUCCAUCCAUUCGGAGCUGAGUGAGCUGGCUACGAUCUUUGAAACAGAGAGCAUUGUGGAACGUAUCAGUGACAUCAGUAAUAAAAUGUUAGAUCUAAGGGAGAGGAUCCUGAAAGUUCUUCCAGAAAUUCAAAUCAUAACACAUGAGGUGCUGGCUAUAGAGGAAGAGGUAAAGAAGAUGGAAAGGACCAUAAAUAAAAUUAAAACAAUUAUGACAUCCAAUGACAUUGAUGAUAUGCCACCCAAUGAUCACUACAUGCAUGGACAGGUCAUGCUGGAUAACAUAGGUCACAUCAAAAAGACAAUUGCUGAGAUAGAAGUAUAUAGACCAAUGCUGUCUUUAUCAGAAUCUGGUGUGCAGUCACUGUGUGUAUUUAGAAGGAUGGUGGUAGUCCUGAGAGAGGCUGAAUUGCUGGAUAAAGUUAUCAUGGAACAAAAUCUUCUCUUAGAGCCGAUCAUAAGUGAAAUAUCAGAACUGGAAAAAGAGCACGAAAAUGCCCAACAAGUGUCCAGAGAAGAGUCAUCUGAUAUAAAGGAGAAGACUGAAGAUAUGAAGAAACAAAUGGAGAGACUAAACCAAAAGAAGGAAGCGAUUCUACUUUCCCAACGCAACUUAGUCAAUGAACAGCUUGAACAUUUAAGGCUGGAGCCAGAUAAUCAAGACUUGGAGUCCAUAUUGUCUCCAAUAACUGAAGGCAUGAACACCAUCCAAACAGAGGUACAAAGAAGGGAUUCCUAUGUCUUGCCAUCAUUGGCUGAGGAGAUGGAAGACUCUACACUGGUUGCAGAAGCAGAGGACUUCUGUACCGGACUUCAGCCUGAACAUGAAGUAGAGGCGACUGGCGUUCCUCCUUCAUCCCAGGAACAGCUGGAAGAUGCCAGCAAAGCUCUGGCUGACGUGCAACCCAAAAUGAUCCUCAGCGACUGCCAGGGGAAGGUAACAGAGGUGGAGCUCUGGCUGCAGAAGGUAACGCUGUCACCCCAGGGGAGCGCGCAGGACCCAGAUAUGUUGCAGAGCGUGGAAGAACAACUUGCAGAGUAUCAGAAAACCUUACAAGAAACUGAAAUGAAAAUCAACCUAUUGCUGGAAGAUGCCGACUACAGGCAGCAAGGAAAUGUGAUGGUACUGGAAGAAGCAGAAGUAUUGUCACAGAGGUUAAAGGCGCUGAAGACCAGUUUAGAACAUGUACAAGAAAUGCUGCAAGCAAAGUCUAUGAGUGAACAGAUCCACAAUGGAGUAACGGAAGAGAAGUUACUGCAUCCAUUGCCAUCUAGAACUGCUGAUUCUGCUGAGAAGACUCAUGUUUUAAGCACAAAAGGAAUGAAAAAUAAAAAACAGCCUACUGAAAUUACAUUACCACAAGAGACCUACAUACCAUCUUACCCAAGGAGCCCAGCUGGGGAUGGGCCAACAACACCCACUAAGUCUCGCAGUAAAACUCCUUUGUCUGUGAUUGAAGAUAUUACCUGGAGUAAAUGGCUCUAUCUACAGAAGGAGCUGUCAUACAGGAUGAAGGCGACCUCUUUCAGACAUAAUACUCAACCAGAUGCUUCAAAAGAAGUGAAGAUCAGCUUUAUAUCCAGGAUCCCUGUAAGCUCAGUAAAAUCACCACUUGUAGAAGAAUCUAAGCAUUUCCUUACCCGGCUUAAGGCUUUAAAUGAAGAAGCUUCAUCCCCCCUCAAUCAGGAGAGUGCACGAAAUCUACAUGGAGCUCUUUUUGUUUGGAUGUGUUCAGUGUCCCAGUGGCUGCAAAAUAUUGAGGAGAUGUUAGAUCUGGAUAUCCUGACCAGAGAGGAAGCUGCUGCUGAGCUGACCUUCUAUGAGAAACUUACAAAAGACUUGCGUGCACUUUCAGAAGAAAUGGGCUACAACACUAGCACGCUUUUAUCACCAAUCACACAUGAGGGAGCGCACACCAGCAUUUUGUCCCAGUGUUACCGUGACCUAAGAGACUGGCUCAUUCAGAUUUACAAUACGACCAAAACCAGAUCCAAAUGUAUGCAAGGAGAACUGGAUAAGCACAACAAUUAUCAGAAUGACAUCGGGCAGUUAUAUGACGCCUUAUUAAAGAAGAAAACUAAUCUCAUACAGCGACUGAGUAACAGAGAGAUUGGUGAGGAGGCCGGACUGAUUCAGGAGGCAGUUGUGUAUGAGAAUGAACUUUUGAGCUUGGAAAAUCAAGUGUCAUCCCUGAAUGAGAGAGGAGAGAAACUUUCCAUCCCGAUAUGCUCCAACCAGGAUAUUCACAAACUGGAGGACGUCCUGGAUGACAUCUGGCACAUUCUUCGAUCUCACCAGGAUACGUGUAGCAGUGCCGCUAUUAGUAAGUCACAAGUGGAGGCGCUGCUGUGUGGGCUAUCAGAACUGUUGACUUUGGGAAAAGAAAAAAUUGCAAAAAGUCAGAAAUAUUGCAGCCGAAGUAAAGAAAGCCUGGACUCCUAUAUAGAGAAUCACAGGAAAUUUUUCAAUCAUCUGGAAAAUCAAGUUCUAUUAUUACAAGACAUUUCAUCACGGAAACCAAAUCCAAGCCUUGACAAGGAGCACAUAGAGAUGGUGACACGAGAGGUGGAGACCCUUAGACAAUGCUCAGAUGACAACUAUACCAAUAUGAUGGUUGUAAUGAAGAACUGGAAUGACUUUGACUCCAGAUAUGAUUUUCUGAAGAAGAAAUAUGAGGCCCUGGAAGCCAUGAUUCCUACGAGCAGUUUGGUGGAAGAAUCAGCAGAAAGGGUUACAGAACGGCUAAAACAGUACCAGAAAAUCCAGAAGCAUAUUGAUGAGAAUGAAUCCAGACUGAGCCAGUUAGUUGUGUCUGGUAAGAAUUUACAGAGCGCAGUGGCUUGUCCAGAACUGGACACCCGGAUUACCAAAGUGGAACAGCAGUGGUCACAACUAUCUAAGAAAGUCAACCAUGAGCUACACAGACUGGAGUCUCUUAUAAGUCAUUUAACAAGUUAUAACAAAGACUCAUCUGAAUUAUCAACAUGGCUGGAAUCUGCCCGACAAAAGCUAAGCAUUAGCAGGACACAGUCAUUGGAUGCUUCCCAGAAAUUGGACACCAUCAAAAACAACUUGAACAACUUUUUUGAAUUUACAAAUGAUGUGGACCAGAAAUCUUCCUUAAAGACCUCAGUAGUGAAUGCUGGUAACCAGCUUCUCCGACUGAGGGAAUCUGAUACUUCAGUCUUAAAAUUAAGCUUGGCAAAGUUUGAGGAAAGUUGGAUGGAUCUUAUAGGAGCAUUGCCCGCUACCCAAGACAAGCUGCAACAACAACUGGUGGAGAAACUUCCGUCUCUUGACGCAAUCAAAGACUUAAUGGACUGGAUGAGAGAAGACAAUGAGAUAAGAGAACUUCAGUCUUUACAGAAUAUCCCGACCACCGCAGAUGACAUCAGAGUUCUUCUUCAGCGAUAUAAGGGUUUGCGUAGAGAAAUGAGCCAUAAGCAAUGGAUUGUCGAUUAUGCCAACCAGUCAUUACUUCAGUUCAGUGUGGGUGAUGUUGAAAGCAAACGUUAUGUGCGGACAGAGCUUGCAGAACUCCUGGGCACCUCGACUCUACAAUGGAAACAAUUGCAGGGAAAUAUCCAUUCAAAGAUACAACUCUUGGAGCAGGCUCUUGAGAGUAUAUCAGACCAGGAAAGUAGGAGGCAGACAAUAAGCAAUUGGUUUGAUGCCCAACAGCAAAGACUGAAAAAAUUACAUAGGCCAUCAAGUAUAACAGCUGCCGAGAGAGUGUUGGCAGAGUGUAUGGUGCUGGAGGAACAGCUGAAAGCUAAAUCUGAUGGUAUUGAGGAACUGGAUGCAAACAGUACAGCAGCAGGAGGCCCAAAUGUUUUCAGUGAAGGUGGAUUGACAAGAGAAACCUUACUUAAAAAGAGGGACACGGUUGCUAAACAGGUUGUAGAGCUAAAGAAAUCCAGCCUCUCGGUGCUAGAGCAUUGGAAAGACUAUAACGAAAGCUAUGGACAUAUAGAGAGGAUGACUGUCAAACUGCAAUAUGUUCUAGAACAAUGUACCUCUCCCUCUACAUCAAUGAACUCUCUGAAUUUGCAGCUGAAGAAGUUACAGGCCAUUCAAGAAGAAGUUGAGCAACAUGAAGAAAAAUGGAGUAGACUGCAAGGUUCUUUAAGUAACUUAAAAUCUCUGUGUAGUCAAUCAGCUAUGGACAUCCUGGAAGAGGAGCGCAGAGACAUACGUGACAGGUGGACCUCUGCAGGCAAUAAACUCUCUGAACAUCUUCUGGCAGCUAGGUCUUUGCUACAAAUGUGGAAGGAUUACACUGGAUCGUGUUUAGAUCUGGCACCACAUAUAGAGCAAGUGGAAGAAAAGUGUAAACAGCUCUUAUGUGCUAAACUUUCUGAAGACAGAGAAGGUGACACCUUAGAACAAAGGAUCCAGUAUCUAAAGGCGCUGGAACAAAAUCUGCAGGGACUGAGGGCGCACAAUCUGCAGGUCUCUGAGCUAUCAGAUAAGGUGUUGAGACAAAACCCUGCGGCCACGGAUGUCAUUCAGUCGGAAAGACAGAACACUUCAAACAGAAUAGAACACUUGGAGAGAAAAGUGUCUUCAAAGGCCGCAGAGCUGAUGUUCAUUCAGAGAGAAGCGGAAUCCUUCAAGGGUGACCUAGAUAAACUCCAGUCACACAUCACGUCCUCCGCUGAUGUUGUCAGCCAUGUAUAUCAUUCUGAGAAGGAGAAGGAGGAGAGAUCUGAAGUUAUCAAGAAGCAUCUUUUGGAGCUUAGUGAAUUGACCUAUGAUGUUGAGCGCUUGAACGAGAAGAUGUUCACUCUUCCUCUUCACGACCGUACUCAGAUGUCACUGCAGAAUCUGAAUCGUAUGUGGGCUAAGACAAUAGCAACAGCCCUCGAAGACUGCAGACAACAUCGGAUGAUUGAGCUGGAAAAAAAUAACUUCGUCCAGAAUUAUGAGACCUGGAUGCUGUGUCUGGAAAAAAUGGAGGAGAAUCUGACAGAGGGAAUUGCAGGAACGUUUGAAGCCCUGACAAGGCAACAAGAAAUCUAUGAGAGGCUGCAAGCUGAAAUCACUAUAAAUGAGCACAUCUUACCUUCCUUUGUGAACAAAGCAUUGAGUAUCUUGGAGUUAGAGGAUGAACAAAACAGAAAUGAGCUUAUGCUAAAGCUAACAUCCUUAAAAGAGAAGUGGCAGAGCGUGAUCAGGUUGGUACAGCAGAGGAAGAAGGAAAUAAAUGCCCUCCUGAAGCAAUGGUGGCAAUUCAGAGUUUCCAAGCAAAGCCUGGAACAGCAGAUACGUGACAUACAAGACUCUGUAUCUAGUGUCAGCCGUCAGAAGUGUCACAGCUUCAUCAACACCGAAAAACUGAUUUAUGACUUUAAGGACAAGGAGCGACAUCUCAAGAGAUUGCAGCCAAGCUACUUUACCACUCUCCGCAAUUGUAAGAAUAUAUUGUCAUUUUCUGAACCGAAAUCUAAGGAGGUCCUGGAACGAGAGCUGAACCAACUUCAGGAUCUGUGGCGGAGCACUGCUCAGCAGCUACAGGGUAUUCUAACACAUUUCAAUGGAAUUGCUCAGAAGAGACAUAAUUUUGAUGGAAAGAUUGAAGGCAAAAGAAAAUCUCUUCAUGACCUGAUAAGAAGAGUAGAUGAACCUCUUCCAACUCUUCACGAAGAGCUACAAAUAGCCAAGAGACCACUGAAGGAGCUAGAGGAAGCCCUGGAUGAGUGGGGAGACAGCCUAAAAGAUCUGGAUGACAUGAAGUCGGAGUUAUCCCAGUAUAUCAUAGCGGAGGAUGGAAUUGUGCUCGGGAAUCAAGUGGAGGCAUUACACCGGCAAUGGGAAGAGCUGUGCCUGAGGGUGUCUAUGAGGAAACAGGAGAUUGAGGACCGUCUUAAUGCCUGGAACAUAUUCAAUGAGAAGAACAAGGAGCUAUGUGACUGGCUGACACAGAUGGAAAGCAAAGUAUUGCAGACGGGUGAUGUGAACAUUGAGGAAAUGAUUGAGAAGCUACAGAAGGAUUGCAUGGAAGAAAUAAACCUCUUUAGUGAAAAUAAACUUCACUUGAAGCAAAUCGGAGAUCAGCUCAUCCACGCCAGCAACCAAGCCCGCUCCAAAGAAAUCGAGAACAAGCUGAAUAAAGUCAAUGACCGCUGGAAGCAUUUAUUUGAUGUCAUCGGCUCACGUGUAAAGAAACUGAAGGAGACCCUUGUAACCAUCCAGCAGCUGUACAAAAACAUGAGCAACCUGCGCACUUGGCUGGCUCGCAUUGAGUCUGAGUUAUCCAAGCCUGUCAUCUACAGUAUCUGCGAUGACCAAGAGAUAAACAAGAAACUCGAAGAACAAAGGGACUUACAGAAGGACAUUGAGGUACACAGUCCCGGUGUGGCAUCUGUGCUAAAUAUCUGUGAGCGCCUGCUGCAUGAUACAGAUGCAUGUGCCAAUGAGACAGAAUGCGAUUCCAUACAGCAGACCACUAGAAGUCUUGAUAAGCGAUGGCGAAACAUCUGUUCUAUGUCAAUGGAGAGGCGAAUGAGGAUCGAGGAGACCUGUCGUCUUUGGCAGAAAUUCCUGGAAGACUACUCCCGAUUUGAUGAAUGGCUUAAAGAAGCUGAAGCAAUGGCAGCUUCCCCAGAUUCUUCUGAUGUGUUGUAUACAAAAGCCAAAGAGGAACAGAAGAAGUUUGAGGCAUUCCAGAGGCAGAUCCAUGAGCGUCUCACUCAUCUAGAGCUGAUCAACAAGCAGUACAGAAGGCUUGCUCGAGAGAACCGCACUGAUGCAGCCAGCAGACUAAAGCAGAUGGUACAUGAAGGAAAUCGGAGGUGGGAUCAACUUCAGAAGAGGGUGACUUCAAUUCUGAGGAGACUCAAGCACUUUACCAGCCAAAGAGAAGACUUUGAGGGGACAAGAGAUUGCAUCCUCGUAUGGCUCACAGAAAUGGACUUGCAGCUUACAAAUGUAGAACACUUCUCGGAAAGUGAUAUUGAGGAGAAAAUGCAACAGUUAAUAGGCUUCAAACAAGAAAUAACACUAAACGCCAAUAAAAUUGAUCAGCUGAUCGUUUUUGGGGAGCAAUUGAUUCAGAAAAGUGAAGCUAUGGAUGCUGUGGUCAUUGAGGAUGAACUGGAGGAGAUUCAUAGAUAUUGUCAAGAAGUUUUUGGUCGGGUAUAUAGAUUCCAUGAAAGGCUGACGUCAAGAAAUUUGAAUUUAGAAGAAGAGCGAGAGACAUCAGAGAAUGAUACAGAUGGGGAAGAUUCAAGAGAGAUCCGGAACUCCUCAUGGCCCUCCACAAUACCAGAUGUUGAGACAUCCCACCCAUCACUUAACCAUCUAAUGCCCCCAACACUCCCACAUGAGAGAUCUGGUCGAGAGACUCCUGUCAGCGUUGACUCCAUCCCCCUGGAAUGGGAUCCUACCGUAGAUGUUGGAGGAUCUUCCAUGCAUGAGAAUGAGGAGGAAGGAGCCUACUACAACCCCUUAUCAGAUGUAGAAAUUGCUGAAAGCUCUGAAGACUAUUUUAAAAAGACAAAAAAAACUGUCCGAGCAUCUUCUGGGAAAUCAGACUUGGAGACUCUGUCAUGGCAUUCUCCAGACAAACAUGUAUCCACUGCAAAAAUGGAGUUUAAAGAAGAUAACAAGGUGAAGAGACAUAGUGCACAAGAAGCUAUUUCAAGUCAUUCUGGAGAUAUUGACUCUAGAACACUAGACUCUGCCAGUGAAGAACUGGAGGACAAAGGACUUAAAGGAAUGAAAAGUCCUGAAACACAUUCAGGUGUCAUUGAGCGUUGGGAGAUUAUUCAUGCACAAGCCUUGAGCAACGAGCACUCUAAGAAGCAAAGCCUCCACCGGUGGCAACAACUUAAUUCUGACUUGGAUGAUAUAACACUAUGGUUGGAUAAAACUGAAGUAGAGCUUGAGCAUGCCAAAAGUCUGAAGCCAUCCACUACCAUCCAAGAACUGGAACAAAAAGUGAAAAUGCUUAAGGAUAUGUUGGAAGCUUUUGAUAAUUAUAAAGCCCGGGUUAUAUCUGCAAACCUGAACAGUAAGGAGUUCCAAUCGGAAGAUGAGAUGGAAUCGAGGGAUGUCCUCAAUAGACUCCACAUGGUGAAUAUGUGCUGGGAGCGAGCUUGCCGUGAACAGGACACUUGGAAAGAGAGCUUGCAAAGUGACCUGCUACACUGCGAGGAAUUCCACGAAAGGAGCCAUCAGUUGCUGUUGUGGUUGACUGAAGCUGAAGAACGUAGACUGAAAUACCGUGUGACAGAUAGCAGAGAAGACCCCCAUGUCUUGCUAGAGAGUCAGAAGAAUCUAAUGCAACUUAAGGAGCAGCUUGUAGAGAAACAGACUGAAGCAAACUCCCUUCAGGAUGUGUCUAGUAACUUGUUGAGUAGUUCAUCUGGAGCUGGUUACAUUGAGGCAGAGGAGAGGAUACAUGUCAUUGGAUCCAAACUGAGACAGCUCCAUAUAAAUGUCUCACAAGACUUGGCUGCCAUUCAGAAAGCUCUGGACACAUCAGCAGCUGAUGAAGUGGAUUCUCUGAUCUCUUCUACCACAUACAAGCAGAGUGCAGUUGGUGCAGCAUCUAAAGACUCCACCAGGACAAGAAAACCCCAAGGCAAUGUCCAGGAAGAACCCAAGAAGAGGUCUUUCUUCUACCGAGUGUUGCGAGCUGCUUUUCCUCUACAGCUUCUCCUGCUUCUCUUACUCUUCUUCGCCUGCAUGAUUCCCGUCUCCGAAGAGGACUUUAGCUGUGCCCAAGCUAACAAUUUUGCUAGGUCUUUCUAUCCAAUGCUUAGAUAUACCAAUGGGCCACCUCCUACAUAGUUAUAGUCCCUGUGCAUUUCUGUUCCAACCAAAUAACAUUCCAAUACUGUGUCCAGAGUUCCACAACAGCAAGGCACAGUAUAGAUUGUGUAGGGAUGCACAACCCUCAGCUCCAAUAAUCCUUCAUUUCACUUUGACUGUUUUAAUCCCCCCCCCCCCCCCCCCUCUCAAUAGGGUCAGAGCUGCAGGUUGGUGUUUCAGGAAGCAAGUUCACUCAUUCGCAUGCACAUAGUAACUUUAUGUCUAUGUACUUGGUGGCAGUUUAUAAAGAUAUAGCCAUUUUUAAAUAUUUUUAGAUUUAAGCAAUAAUGUGUGUUCCUUUCCUAUUUUUACUUGAGACUGGAGAGAUUCUAUUGUGUGGAUGUGGCUUUUAUUAUUAUUUUUUUUAUUUAUGUGAAAUUUUAAUGUUAAUUACCAUGUAAAUUAGCACAUUUCUUAAAAAUUAAGCGCCCAUUCUCAAUUCAGAAUAAGUCAUAAUGUUGUACAGAGCAAUUUGGUUUUCUACUGAUUUAUGGGUUAAUUUCCUUGUUGUACAGUCAGAUGUAUUGGGCUUUUUUUUAAGGUUUCCUUUUUAUAAGCCAUUUUUUGACAUCCUGAAACACUGAAAUAUUGGGCUGAAGGUCAUUUAUUGUCCAAGAGGUAUCCUAAAGGGAUUCUAAUAUAUUCUGUUAUAUAGUGUUACACGUCCCACCAGCUGCAAAUGGUAAAGGUGUUGUGGGAUAUUGGUUCAAUAAACUUCAUAUAUGACCUUUGUAA